AUGUCAUCAUCAAAUGUACAUAUUGCGGAUGAUAAUGAUUCAUUAGCUGAAAUGCUUGGUUAUCGUCUUGAAGAAUUAAUAUUACUUAAAUUGAAUAAAAAGCAAAUAAUAACAAUUGGUUUAUCAGGUGGUUCACUAAUUGAUUUACUUGCAUCUAUGUUACCUCGUUUACAAUUACCUUGGGCUCGUUUAAGAUUUUUUUUUGUUGAUGAAAGAUUUGUUCCAUUUACAUCCGAUGAUUCAACCUAUGGAAAUUAUCAAUCAAAAUUAUUUCGACAAUUACCACUUACUGAGAAAAAUAUUAUUAAAAUAGAUCCAACAUUAUCGACUGUUGAAGAAUGUGCAAAAGAUUAUCAAAAUAAAUUACAAGAAGCAUUUCCUGAUGAAGAUAAGUCAUUUGAUAUUGUUCUUCUCGGUAUGGGACCUGAUGGACAUACUGCAAGUCUUUUUCCAAAUCAUUCAGUUCUGAAUAUAAAUGAAGGACUUGUUACUUUCGUAAAAGAUUCACCUAAACCACCAGCUGAACGUGUUACAUUAACAUUGAAUACAAUAAAUCAAGCAAAAUAUAAGAUUGUUGUUAUAACUGGUGAAAGUAAAUCAGCUAUUAUCAAAGAAAUAUUACGAGAAAAAAAUAAAACUUAUCCAAUUGCUCAAAUUAAUAAUCUUGUUUGGUAUCUUGAUAAAGCAGCUGCUAAACAUAUAUAA